CCUACCUCCCGCAACCCCCACCUCUAACGUCACGUUUACUAAAGUCCUUCCUUUCGUUUUACUAUAAAAGUGUUAUAUUUUCGUUAUGAAACAUUGACUUACACAAUUAUAUGAAAGUAAACAUUUUGACGAUUGGCUCAAACUAUCCCAGAGCCAGAGCCAUGAAAACCAGUCAAAAAAGGAAAAAAGUACCCUCGAAGAGGUUAGUAAAAGAACAAUAAUUGGCGGAAUCGAGAAAGACACAGAACAAGCCACCAAUAAAUAAGAAAAAGAAGAAAAAAGAACACUAUUAUUUUUGUGAGAAAUUUUGAAAUAAUGUUGAACUCUGCUAAAGAUUAUUUGUGAAAACUAUAGUUGCUGUUUUCGUUGGGUCACUUUCUAAAUAACAUGUCUUCUAAGAAAAAAGGGAACAUUCAUGGAAAGCGUUCAAAUCAUCAUGUGCAACGACAUUAUGCCGAGCGAAUGAACGACCUAACCUUACAGUCGUCAUCUGAUGAAAGUGACGGAAGUAGUUCUAACGACGAAGGCGUAGAAGCGUCAUUUGCCGUCAGCAUGUGGGACUUGAAUCAUUGUGACCCAAAAAAAUGUUCUGGAAGAAAACUACUGCGACAUAAGCUCAUCAAAAAUUUGAAGUUGGGACACCGUUUUCCAGGUGUGGUGUUAUCUCCUGUUGGUACCCAGUGUGUCAGCCCAAAUGAUAAAGAAAUCAUUAAAAAAUUUGGUUUAGCAGUUAUUGAUUGUUCUUGGGCAAAGAUAGAUGAAACUCCAUUCAGUCGCAUGAAGUCUCUUCAUCCUCGCUUGCUACCAUUCUUAGUGGCCGCUAACCCUAUAAAUUAUGGUAAACCAUAUCAACUAAGCUGUGUUGAGGCACUUGCAGCGGCUAUGGUUAUAACAGGACAUGAAAAAGAAGCACAGUUUUAUUUAUCAAAAUUUUCAUGGGGUCAUUCAUUUUUAGAACUCAAUUCUGAGGUAUUAGAGCUGUAUGCUGCUUGCACAGACAGUAAAACUGUAUUGGAAGCUCAAGCUAAGUUCUUGGACUCAGCCGCAAAAGAAAAAGACACAAGGUGUAUGUGGCCCCCCAGUGAAUCUGAUACGAGUGAAAAUGGAGGAAGUAAUUCUUAGCAAAUAAUUUAUUUAGUAUACAUAUUUUAAAUGUGUGUAUAGAGAUUUUGAUUAACCAUUAAGAAUUUAUAUAAACUGAAUAAUAAAGAUUAUA